AUGAGGAUAUUUGGCGUGGAAAUUGAGAGCUUACUAGAGGAGUACAAUGAACUGGUUUCCGUGAACAUGCUAGGUGUUAGGGAAGACAAAAUUGAGAUAGCUGUCUUCACUGUUUAUGCUGCGUUUCAUUACCGUAGUGCUGUAGCACCUUAUACUCCGAAUGACUUGUUGCCAUUCAAGGAAGAAAUCUCUAAACGUUUCAAGUCCCACACUGAUCAGCUUGUGUUGAUAUUUGCUGGAAAAAUUUUAAAAGAUCAAGAUACUUUGACUCAGCAUGGAAUUCACGAUGGACUCACUGUUCACUUGGUUAUCAAAACACAAAACAGAUCACAAGACCACUCAGCUCAACAAGCAAACACCACUGGGAGUACUGCUACCACAUCAACAUCAAGCAGUAGUACCUCAACACCAGCUUCAACAAAUAGUAACCCUUUUGGCUUGGGUGGCCUUGGAGGUUUGGCAGGUCUGAGUAGCCUGGGCUUAAAUACAUCAAACUUUUCAGAGUUGCAAAGUCAGAUGCAACGGCAACUUAUGUCCAACCCAGAAAUGAUGGUUCAGAUAAUGGAAAAUCCAUUUGUUCAGAGCAUGCUUUCAAAUCCUGACCUGAUGAGGCAGUUAAUUAUGGCUAACCCUCAAAUGCAACAACUGAUACAGAGAAAUCCAGAAAUCAGUCACAUGCUGAAUAAUCCGGAUAUAAUGAGACAGACACUAGAACUUGCUAGAAACCCUGCAAUGAUGCAGGAAAUGAUGCGAAACCAAGACCGAGCCUUGAGCAACCUGGAAAGUAUACCAGGUGGAUACAAUGCCUUGCGACGUAUGUACACAGAUAUUCAGGAGCCAAUGUUGAAUGCUGCACAGGAACAGUUUGGAGGUAACCCGUUUGCUUCUUUAGUAAGCAAUGCAUCAACAGGAGGGGACAGUCAGCCAUCUCGUACAGAAAAUAGAGAUCCUCUACCAAAUCCCUGGGCUCCUCAGUCCAGCACGCAGACUUCCACAACAAGUACCAACACCAGUGGUGAGAGCGGUGGCAGUAGUAGUGCUGGAAAUAGCACCUCUGGCAGUACGGGACAGAGUUCAACUGUACCAAAUUUGGGACCUGGACUAGGAGCUGGUAUGUUCAACACACCAGGAAUGCAGAGCUUAUUACAGCAGAUAACAGAAAACCCACAACUUAUGCAGAAUAUGUUGUCUGCACCCUACAUGAGAAGCAUGAUGCAGUCAUUAAGCCAGAAUCCUGAUCUUGCAGUACAG